AUGGAUUUAGGUACUAUCAAGGGUGAAUUGGAUAAUAAUGGAUAUUCAACUAUUAAAGAUUUUACAGCAGAUGUUAGAUUAAUGUUUGAAAAUGCAUUAACUUAUAAUGCAGAUUCAUCACCAAUUUGGAAACAUGCUAAAACAUUACUCUACUUUCAUAGAAAACAUGAUGAACAUGUUAAAGUUAAAGAAGAUACAAAUUCUGCUCAACCAACUCUUCUUCGUCUUCAAAUCAUACAAAUAGUGAAAAUGCUUCAUCUUCAUCUUCAUCUUCAUCUUCAUCUUCAUCUUCAUCUUCAUCUUCAUCUUCAUCUUCAUCUUCAUCUUCAUCUUCAUCUUCAUCUUCAUCUUCAUCUUCAUCUUCAUCUUCAUCUUCAUCUUCAAAACAAUCAAAUAAUUAAUAAUAAUAGUAAUAAUAAUAAUAAUAAUAAUAAUAAUAAUAAUAAUAAUAAUAAUAAUAAUAAUAAUAAUAAUAAUAAUAAUAAUAAUAAUAAUAAUAAUAAUAAUAAUAGUAAUUCAACAACAAAUUCAUCAUCAUCAUCAUCAUCAUCAUCAUCAUCAUCAUCAUCAUCAUCAUCAUCAACUACUACAACACAAAAGAAAUACUCUGAUGAAGAAAGAAGGAAUUUAAUGGAAAGAAUUAAUGAAUUAGCUCCUGAUUAUGUUCAAGAGGUUUUAAAUAUUAUCGAUCCAAAUGCAAGCUGA